AUGUCAAACGAGCAACAAAGGAGUGAAAUGAUUGAUCGUGCUUUUAAAGCCAUCGAAGAUGGUGAUUUGAAUGAAUUGCGAGGAAUGGAUUUGCGUCCGAUUAUUAAUGAAACGAAAUAUUAUAAUAGGACAAUGUUAGGUAGCGCAUGUUCGAAAGGAGAUUUUGAAAUUGUGAAAUUGUUGUUGAAUGUGGAUGGAAUUGAUGUCAAUUUAAAGAGUGUUUUUGUAAGUAUUAUUGAUCUUAUUUUCAAAAUUUAUUCAUUUCAAAAGACUCCAUUAUUCAUUGCAUGUGAGGAAGCACAUUUGGAAAUUGUGAAACUUCUUCUUUCCCGCAAUGAUAUUCAAAUUGAUGAAGAUACUCAACGUCGUGCACAAAGAAAAAACAUUAAUUUACAACAACUCCAAACACAAGCUCGUCAGACCAUUUCCAAUCCAAACCAUUCAUCCACAACUAUGAUCAGCAAUAACAACAAUACCACGAGUUCGCCAUCAUCUUCUCGUCAGACAUUACAAACAAGCAAUGAAAUUCGUUCUAACAGUCCUUCCACUUCAAGUGCACCCAGAACAAGUGACAAUCUUGGUGAAUGGAAACGACGAAACAAGAAACUCGAAGAACAAGUGAAAUCUCUUGAAAUGAAACUCUCAACAAUGGAAUUUGAACAUAAACAAGAGUGUGAAAACUUGUGUCACCAAUGGUCUGAAGAAGUUUCUCAGUUGAAACUUGUAAUAUCCACUUUGCAAACAAAUCUCAAUCAAGCCACUCUUGAGUGUCAUCAAUCACAACUGACAACCAACGAUUUGAUUGAACAGCUUUCACACUCUCAUCAAGAGAUUACUCAAUUGAAAGCAGAUCUUGAGGAGAGGCAAAGUCAAAUUGAACAACACAAACUCGAAACAAGAAAAUUGCAAGCAGAGCUCCUUCAAGUUGUUCAUGAAAAUGAGCAAUUACGACAACAACAGCAUGACCAUUCAGAUGUCGAUUCUUUCAUUGAACGUCUCAAGAAUGAGAUUGAGAAGGAAUCAAUCCAUCAUGUUUCUUUUGAUAUUCAACACAUUAAUGAGUUGGAAAAGAAAUUGAUCGAAUGUGAACAAAACUUGUCCAGAUUGUUCCUUCAUGACACCAAUGAGAGACAAUUUGAAAGUUCUGAUUUGAAUUCUCGUGUAAAUGAGUUGACACAAUCGAGAAACAAUUUAAGAAACACACUGCUUGAGGAAUAUCACAAGUACAACAACAUACUGAACAAGAUGUCCAUUCUUUCAAAGAAAAAGAAGCUUAUCAAGUUGUAUGAAGCAUCGAAGAAGGAAAUCAGUGAAGAGGACAAGAUGUUGACAGAGUCAAUGAAAUCACUUGAACUCAAAUCUCAAUUUUUGGAAGUCGCAAUUUCAACGAAGAAACAAGUUGACGCUUUCUUGAAGGAAAUUAAAGAUCUCCAUGAUGAAAUUGAAAACUGUGAAGAAGAUCUUGAAGAAAUCAAUUUCAGGUUGAAGAAAAAGAAGAAGAAAGUUGAAAUGACUGAAACUGAAAAGAAACAAUUCAUGGAGAAGAAAGAAAAAUUGACGUUGCAUCUCUCGAACCUAAAUCUCAGGAAAGAACAACUCAAAACUCAAUUAUUGAGCAAUAGAGAUGAAUAUCCUGAAGUCAUGUUUGAACUUGAACAGUUAUUAUUGAGUAAUGAAGAAAAUGUGAAUGAUAACAUGUCACUUGAACGCAAAUUCCAAAAAUGGGCAUUUUCAAAGAACUUACUUCUAUUAGGUCUUACUUAUGAACAUUACAAAGAAAAGGAAUUAUUACACAACGGACUCUCUAUUGUCCAUUUGAUGGAGAGAGACAAUCAACAAGUGAUUCUAAAAGAAAUUGCUUUCGAUGAAAAAAGUUAUGAUUUAAUCAUCACUGAAAUUACAAAUAUUUUGAGAUUACACCCACAUGAUCGAAUUGUAAAGGUGAAUGGUGUUUUUGUAGAACCUGGAAGGCAUCGCGUUUACAUUGAAAUGCCUUAUUACUCUUUGGGAAAUUUGAGAAGUUAUAUCAUGACUCUGAAAGGUAAUCAACCAAUUGAACGUAGAGAAACGAUGAGAAAGCUCAUGAGAAGCAUUGUUGAAACCAUUUACUACAUGCACUCGAGAGACAUUAUUCAUCGUGAUUUGAAAAGUGACAACAUUUUGGUUGACAAGAAUGGAAAUGCUGUAAUUGCUGAUUUUGGAAGCAGCAAGAAGCUUGAUGUAUACCUCACCAAUAGACAUACAAGAGGUGUUGGAACCAUGUUAUAUAUAGCUCCUGAGGUUCUUGACAAGCCACCAGUUUCAAAUGACAAAUCUGACAUUUGGUCAUUGGGUGUGACCAUGUUAGAAUGUUGGUAUUAUUUGGAGAAUAGAGAAUCUCAGCUUUCUCCUACUUCUAUUACUAUCGUUAUUGACAAUAAGGUUCAUUUACCAACACCUGAGGAAGAUGAUGAGCAUGGAAAAUUAUUGAUGGAAAUGUUAGAUCAUAUUUUCAAUUGUAAAGAAUCUCAUCAAAGACCUUCUGCAAUGGAAUUGUUGAAUGAGAAUUAUUUCACGAAAGGAUUGACUGAAAUGUUGGAACAUCAAGGAAUUCAACUCAGCACUCCAGAAUCUCGAAUUCAACAAUGGGUUCGUGUCUUGAAAGAUUUAAGAAAGAUUAUGAAGAAUGAGAUCAAUAACUCAGUUGUGAGAUUGACCAUUGACAGAUCUCUUUUAUUGGAGCAAGUUACUUCCAAGCUCUAUUCCACAUUUUUCAAUUCAGAACAAGUACCAAUGAAGCUUGAUCAGUAUGUGAAACUUUACACUCCAUUCUUGGUCAAGUAUGAAAAUGAAAGUGGAAUUGAUCAAGGUGCCUUAACCAAUGAAUUAUUCACUCAAUUUUUCAAUCAUUGUUUGAAGAAUGACAAAUUAUUCGAAAGAUCAGAAACACAGAGUGUUGAGAAUUACAUCUUGUCUAAAGGAGAGAAUAUCUCUUCAGAUGAAGAACAAGCAUUGGUGAUUUUUGGAUUUUUAUUGAAGAAAGUCUUUUUGGAAUGUGAUGAAAAAUCAGUGUAUUUGCCCAUCAAUGAUUUCAUUCUCAAGUAUUUGAUUUAUGAUGCGAGUGUUUCCAAUGAUGUGACCAUGGAUGAAAUUCAUAGAGAAAGAGAAUUGAUGAUUGUCACUUGUCAACUCAAGAAACCAUUGAAAGAUCAAAUCUCUUAUUGGAAAUAUUUUGUUUCUCAAUAUGAUUCUCAAUGUUGUGAAAACAUUUUAGAAAUGAAAAGAUACAACUCAAAUGAGGAAUUGCAAUUCAUUGAAGAAUCAUUCAGCAAUGACUUGUUUUACUCUCCAAAUUCUCAAAGUAUUGAGAAGAAAGAAAUGGCAGUGAAUAUGGAACAUGUUGAUGAAUAUAUCAUUCAUUUAUUGAGAGAGAAACUCUUCUCACCCAUUCAAAGAAGAAAAUUGAAAUUAAUUUCAAAAGGAUUUCAAUGGUAUUCCAUUCAACAGUUGAGGAAUGUGGUUUCAAAUUCUUCACAACAACAAGUCAAAUCUUUACUCACUCAAAAUAAGGAUUGGUUCAUGGAAAGCAAAUUGACAGUGAUGGAAUUGAAAUUAUUAUUGAAUGGUCAAUCUUAUAUUGAUGCCUCCAUGUUAUUGAAUGAAAUGGAUUUCACACAACUCUCUCCACAAAUUGAAGAAAACUUCAGAAAAGUUAUUCAAACUCUCAAUGUGACUCAAUUAAGACAAUUAUUGAUUUGGAUCACUUCAUUGUCAAGCAUUCCAUUGAUGGGACUUCCAAAGAAGAUUGUAUUGAAAGAAUCUAACAAGUUUGCUUCUCAUGCUUGUAUCACUGUGUUGCAUUUUGAAGUGUUGAAUGAGAAAGAUUAUGAAAAGUUUAGUUCUCAAUUUUUGAACAUGUUGAAAUGGUCUGAAGAUGCCACUCAAGAAGAUAGAUAA